AUUACAAAGAUUGAUCUAUUUCUUCAUUUCCUCCAUCCCUCUAAGCCCGCUCCCACCUCCCCCUCUCCCUUCUUUCCAUCUCAUUUGCCCCUGCUCUGUUUUCUCGGCAUCUCAUCUCUUCAUUGGUCCAUAUUCUCAGUCACUUGACUGAAAUAGCAGAGAAAUUGAACUGGCUUGUGGUGUGGAACAGGCUGACAGUAGAUUCAUAAACAGGAUGUCCAUACUGAAUAUUGUUGCCAGGGAGAUCCUGGACUCCAGGGGAAACCCCACUGUGGAAGUAGAUCUGCAUACAGACAAAGGUCUGUUCAGGGCUGCUGUGCCCAGUGGUGCAUCCACCGGCAUCUAUGAGGCACUGGAGCUCCGAGAUGGCGACAAGGCUCGCUACAAGGGCAAAGGUGUUACCAAGGCUGUUGGUCACAUUAAUGACACCCUUGGACCCGCCCUCAUCCAGUCAGGAAUCAGUGUGUUGGAGCAGGAUAAAUUGGACAAUAUGAUGAUUGAAAUGGAUGGGACUGACAACAAAUCUCAGUUUGGGGCCAAUGCUAUUCUUGGAAUAUCACUGGCCAUAUGUAAAGCUGGCGCAACAGAGAAAGGUGUCCCCUUGUACCGUCACAUUGCUGAUCUUGCAGGAAACAGCGAGCUGGUCCUCCCAGUUCCUGCAUUUAAUGUGAUCAAUGGGGGCUCUCAUGCUGGUAACAGGCUGGCAAUGCAAGAGUUCAUGGUACUUCCUGUUGGGGCGGAGUCUUUCCGUGAUGCUCUGCGUGUGGGGGCAGAGCUAUAUCAGACACUGAGAGGUGUCAUCAAGGAGAAAUAUGGCCAGGAUGCAACGAAUGUGGGAGAUGAGGGAGGGUUUGCUCCUAAUAUACAGGAGAACAGUGAAGCCCUGGAGCUGAUCAAGACGGCCAUAGAGAAAGCAGGCUUCACAGACAAAGUGGUGAUAGGGAUGGAUGUUGCUGCUUCAGAGUUUUUCAUUGAGGGCAAAUAUGACCUGGACUUUAAGUCUCCCCCCAAUGCUGCCCGCAACAUUAGUGCUGAGGAGCUGGCCAACAUCUACCAGGGCUUCAUUAACAACUAUCCAGUUGUGUCCAUUGAGGAUCCUUUUGACCAGGAUGACUGGCCUGCUUGGUCACAGUUCACAGCCUCAGUGGGCAUCCAGGUGGUCGGAGAUGAUCUGACGGUCACUAACCCACGCAGGAUACAACGCGCUGUGGAGGAAAAAGCCUGCAACUGUCUGCUGCUUAAAGUCAACCAAAUUGGUUCUGUCACGGAGGCCAUCAAAGCGUGUAAGCUGGCCCAGGAGAACGGCUGGGGUGUGAUGGUGAGCCACCGCUCAGGAGAAACAGAGGACACCUUUAUAGCUGACCUGGUGGUUGGUCUCUGCACUGGACAGAUCAAGACGGGUGCUCCCUGUCGAUCAGAACGUCUGGCCAAAUACAAUCAGCUCAUGAGGAUCGAGGAAGAGUUGGGUGACCAGGCUCACUUUGCUGGGCACAACUUUCGCAACCCUAGUGCCCUUUGAAUGCCAUUAACAGUGGCACACAAAAAAGCAAAAUAUAUACAAAUCCUGCUAUGUUUUCAGGGCUCACCUGUUUCAGCAGAGCUCUAAACACACACAUACUUAAAUGCAUUAAGACUAAUUUAAGACUAAUUAGUUUUCAAAUAACUUAGACACACAGAUAAUGCACCAUAGUUACAGACUAUUGACCUAGCGCUUCAGCAAGUGAUUGACUUUAAUGACAGUUUAUUGCAGUAAAUACCUAACAAAGCCUGGUGGAGGAAAAAAAUAGCAGUGUUUUGUCGCUCAGCUCAAAUAAUAAACUGCAUAUAUUAUUAUGUCAUGUAGUCUGUGGUGCAAACCCACACUUUCCCUCAUGCACUUGUUAGUUUCUUUUCCUUUUCCUAAUUGUUCGGAUGUGUUGAUCUUUUGUGCCCUGCUGUUUCCUCUCUCUCCUGUUCCUCGUGUUGUUUCUGAUGUGAACACUAAGCAGCUUGCUAAAAAAAAAUUGUGUCUGUUACUUUGUCUAAAGUUAAGCUAAAUAAACAGAUGGAUAUAUGUUAACUCAAACC